AUGUCCAAGACCGCCCACGACGUCCACGCGAAACGCAUCAUCUUCGACAGCUCGCUGUCAUUCGUGGAGGUGACGGCACGGCUCGAUCGGGAGCUGAACAAGGAUAAGGCCGGCCCGAAGCUGCACGAGUUUCUGCGGGGGGUGAAGACCAGAGCAGAGCUCGAGAGCGGGCUGCAGAACAUCAGCGGCGGGAACGACUUCAUACUUUUCGGAGCGCUGUCUUUCGACGGCUGGCACAACGCAUACCUAGACCAGACAGGCCAGGCGCCGAAGAUGACACAGUACAUCUUGGGGAACCCACUCAUCGCCGCGACGAUGAUGCUGCAUGACCCAUACGUCCCUCUGAACGUCCCGCCGCGAAUCCUGGUCGUGGAGAAGGCGGACAAGAGCGGGACGCAAGUCGUCUAUUUCCAACCAUCGUCGCUCAUCGCAGUAUCCGCCGAUGGGAAUGUGAAGCCGGAGUUGAAGGCGGCGGCGGAGGGACUGGAUGCGAGGCUGGAAGCGUUGAUGAGGAAAGUCACGGUGUAA